UGCCCCCCAUUUUCAUUAUCUCUCUCAUUUCAAUUAAGCAUGCACCAGUCUCCACAGCUCACUCUCCUCCACCGCUCUCAGCCCCAUCGCCGCCGUCACUCCGCCUCUCCCUUCUGACACCCCCAUCAUUCCUCACCGCCUCUUACUACUCACGCGGAAAUGAUGCCCAGCUUUUCUCAGAAGAAGACUCGAUUGCAACUCCAAGCCCUCGAAAGCUUCUAUGAAGAGGAUAAGUAUCCGAGUCGAACUGCCAUGGAAUGCCAUGCCACUGUGUUCGGCUUGACUUACAAGCAGGUUCGGGGUUGGUUUGUUGAGAGGAGGAGGAGGGAGAAGAGGAAGCGUACGGCUAGUGAGUUGUUGAGUGGGAGAAAUGGGUUGGGAGUUGCUGCUACAAGGGUGGAUAAACGCCGUGACUUGAGUCAGAGUACAAAAGCUGCUGCUGCUGCUUCGGGGUCAAGAUGCAAGAAGAAGGAGAUGAAAGCGAGUGUUCAGAGAUUGCGGAAUCCGGACUACCUUCUUAAGAGAGUUUUCCGCAAGGACGGCCCCACGCUUGGUGCAGAGUUUGACGCUCUGCCUUCUAGAGCACUUUGGAAGUCUACAGAUUCCCAAAAUGGUCCUCCCAUGUGCAAAGAGAAGCAAACAGAACCUAAAAGGGGAAUGGUUACAAGGAGUUCUGUAACUAGUGUUGAGGAGUUGAAUAGAAGUGCUCCAAGGGAAAGAUAUGGUGCUGGAAAAGGCUUGAUGACUAUGAGAAAACACGGUGCUGGGAAAGACUUGAUGACAGUGAAACGGCUUAAUGGUGGGAAAGACUUGAUGAAAAUGAAACAAUAUGGUUGUGGGAAAGACUUGAUGACAAUGAAAAAGCAUGGUGGUGGUAAAGGUUUAAUGACAGUCUGGCGGGCAACCAAUCCUGAUGCUGAUGCUAGAGACUUUCUCGUUGACAUGGGUUUAGCGAAUGGUGAAGUUACUCGUGUAUCACGGAAACUACAAACUCGGAGCAGAAGAUUGCAACAAAAAAAAAAUGUUCCAAAACAGGGAAGGUUACAAAGUAAAUUACAAGAAAAGAGGAAGCGUUAUGUCAAAAGAAGAGAGGUGGAAUCUAUUGAAGUAUCAAACCAGAAGCUGCCUACCAAAGAAAAAUGUGAACUAUCUUUGGAAGGAAUAGGUUCGGAAGAUCUCUCAGAUAAGAUCGCAAUGCUUGUGGAUGAUGAAGAGCUUGAGCUUAAAGAAUUACAAGGGAGACCACUUUCACUGGGGUGCUUGAAUCAUUUUACUACUAAUGAUCAUGAUUGUUCACUUUGCAAAGAUUCGCUGGUUAAGUUUCCUCCUAGUUCUGUCAAGAUGAAGCCGCCUUUUCAUAGGCAACCUUGGGAUUGUUCGCCGGAGAUUACCAAGAAACUGUUUAAGGUUUUUCAUUUCCUUUAUACUUAUGCGGUUAUGGUAGAUCUAUCCUCCUUUACUCUGGAUGAGUUUGCUCAAGCAUUUCAUGAGAAGGAUUCCCUGUUACUUGGAAAGAUACAUGUGGCUCUCUUAAAACUUCUAUUAUCCCAUGUUCAAGCGGAGCUUUCCUCUGGAUCUAUGCCUCACUUGAGCAAAUCUUGCAAUUUUCUUGCGUUUAUCCACUCGCUUGAAAAUCAAGAAUUUACUCUAGAAUUCUGGGUGAGAUCUCUGAACCCCUUAACAUGGACAGAAGUACUGCGUCAAGUACUGGUUGCAGCUGGUUUUGGUUCAAAGCAGUGUGCGAUGCGGAAGGAAGUCCUUAGCAAGGAAAUGAGCCUUAUGGUGAAAUACGGUUUGAGUUCUGGUACUUUGAAGGGUGAAUUGUUUAGAGUUCUAUUAGAGCAAGGAAUUAAUGGUUUGAAAGUUUCCGACUUGGCGAAGUCAUUGCAGAUUGCUGAAUUGAAUGUUUCCAGCAGAAGAGAGGAUCUGGAGUCUUUAAUUAGUUCAACUCUUUCAAGUGAUAUUACAUUGUUUGAAAAGAUUUCAACCUCCACAUACCGUGUGCGAAUUAAUCCUUCUGAAGACGAAGUCGAGGAGCUCCAGUCUGAUACUGAAGACUCUAGUGCAGUUGAUGAUGACCUCAAUGAUAGUGGCAUAUGUAGCAGUGAUGAUGAUUCUGGGUGCAAUUCGGGAAAUUCCAAUAUCAGAAAAUUGACUAAUACCAACCGUCGUAGAAGUAAAACUAACAUGCUAAAAGUGCACACUGAAAUUGAUGAGAGCCAUUCAGGAGAAGUAUGGUUGUUAGGAUUGAUGGAAGGUGAAUAUUCAGAUUUAAGCAUUGAAGAAAAAAUGAACGCAAUAGUGGCUCUAAUUGAUCUUCUUCAUGCUGGAUCCAACAUGAGAAUGGAGGAUCCUGCAAAUACUGUUGCUGAAUGUAUUCCUAAUAGCAUUCAUUCUGGUUCUGGAGCGAAAAUUAAGAGGUUAUCAGCUAAACAACAUAGUGUGCCCAGGUCAUCGUGGGUCCAUGCUGGAAAUAUGGAUGGGGUAUAUGAAGAUCAUAUACGUUCAAAUUUCCACCCUAUAGAUUCAUCCACAUCAAUCUCAAAAUACUAUGAAGAGAGAUACUCUACAAAAGGAAAAGAUUAUGGCUCUGACUUACACCCAAUGCAAUCUGUGUUUUUGGGAUCGGAUCGUAGGUACAGUAGAUACUGGCUUUUCUUGGGCCCGUGUAAUGCAGAUGACCCAGGCCAUAGAAGGGUUUAUUUUGAAUCUUCAGAAGAUGGUCACUGGGAGGUUAUUGAUACCGAGGAGGCAUUAUGUGCCUUGUUGUCUAUUUUGGAUGAUAGGGGUAAAAGAGAGGCUUUCCUUAUUGAAUCUUUGGAGAAACGGCUAACAUUUCUGUGUGAAGCAAUGUCAAAUAGAACGGAAAGUAGUGAUGGAAGCGAGAAUUUGAUGCAGUUUAAUAUCUCAGAACUAGACAAUGCAAGAGAAGAUACUUAUUCACCAGUGUCUGAUGUGGAUAACAACUCUUUUGAGACUGCAAAUGAUUCUGUGCCUUUGAAUGGAACUGCAGUUCCUGAAGUUCGAAAGAAAGGAGAAGAACUGAAACAGAAAUGGAAUCGAAUCCAAGCAUUUGAUUCGUGGUUAUGGAAUUCGUUUUACCUAGAUCUAAACGCCGUUAAACAUGGUAAACGGUCAUUUUUUGAUACACUUAGCAGAUGCGAAAGCUGUCACGAUUUGUAUUGGAGGGAUGAGAAGCACUGCAGGCUUUGCCAUACAACAUUUGAGCUUCAUUUUGAUUUGGAAGAAAUGUUCGCCAUCCAUGUAGCCACAUGUAGUGAGAAGGAAACAAAUACUGUAUUUCCUAAGCAUAAGGUUCUCUCAUCACAAAUCCAAUCUCUAAAAGCUGCGAUUCAUGCAAUUGAGUUGGUUAUGCCUGAAGAUGCUUUGUUGGGUGCUUGGAAAAAAUCUGCUCAUAAGCUAUGGGUGAAACGCCUUAGACGAACUUCUUCUUUAUCAGAGCUUUUGCAGGUUCUUACUGAUUUUGUCAAAGCCAUAAAUGAGGACUGGCUGUAUAAAUGCAAAAUUGUGCAAGGUUCUUGCAAUCAUGGUGACGAUAUAAUAUCUUUGUUUGCAUCGAUGCCUCAUACAACAUCUGCAGUUGCACUUUGGUUGGUAAAGUUGGAUGGCUUGAUUGCUCCUUAUAUCAGAAGAUCUUGUUCUCAGAAAAGGCAAGAGAGCUGUAUUAGAGGUAAGCAUCCAAGGCAAUAGCCCCACCUUCUCUGGAGAUACGUGAACUCAAUUGCGCAUUCUUUUUGUUGAUGGAUUGACCAUUAUACGUCCACUGUACUCACCCUAGUACUACUACGGCCAGAUCAGUGAAUUUUUGCAGGCCUUGAAAUGGCGGUAGUUUGUUUGACCUUAGUUUCUUUUCCUCUUUAGAGGGUUCCGUAUAAGGCUAUUGAGAAUUAGAAUUAGAGCCUUUUGAGGAAAGUUGGACGUUAAGUACAUACAAAUAUCAGUGAAGCGCGCUCAGAGCAAUGCCAAACCUUUUAUCCUUAUUCUCUUGUAAGGACAACAUAGCCCCUUACUGUUUCCAGAAAUGGAGGAUUCAGACCUGGUCAAUGCAUUCUUUGUUCUAGUAUUGAGAAGAGAGGAAUAAGUUGUUACCAAAUGUAUAUGAUGUAAAGAAAACAGAUAAUUGUUUUGUUCUUGCUGAAGUUUGGUAAAGUUGAUAGUUAUCAUUGCUUUUAUGUUGUAUCAUCUAUUAUAAAGCAGAUCGGUGGCUCUCAGACUUGUCUGCUAACAUUGAGAGGUGAGAAAUUUGGAGGAUUAGUUUCAAGGUGUAAUUUGUAGCAAAUCCAAAAUAGGUCCAUGGAUUGUAGGAGUGAAUUAGUACAGUUGUAUAUAUGUUUCACACUUACACGGACCAAAACUAGAUU